GUUUGGCAGAAGAGAAUUUGCGUUAAACAUUUACGGACGCAAAUUUUCGUUUUUCCUCGAUGUUGUUAUCGUUUUUUGGUCGUUCAGUGUGUAAUAUGUUAAACUAAGUUUUUACUUUUCUGUUUCUUUUUUCCUCUUGAUUUCUUCGGUUUUGAACAUUUGACCGUGGUCUUGAUUGUUGUUACAAAUUGGCAGUUCCAUUUCGAUGGCAUUUUCGGUGUAAUAUUUUUGCUGUAAAUAAAACGUGCGAUAAACGAGUAUAGCGAUUUAGAGAGAGAGAGAGAGCAAAGAGUAAAAUUCAAUUUGUUCUUUCGUUUUUUCUUUGUUUCGUAGUGUAUGUGUGUGUGUGAGUAAGUGAGCGAGAAGCGGAAAUUGAGUUGUGAAUAAUAUAAGCCAAAGUUAAAAAAAAAUCGAAUCAAGAAAAUUCAAUGCUAUUUUCAGCAAAUAAAACGUGUAAAUGAAAUGUGAAUUUGGUUUCGUUCGUCAAUUACGAUGGUAAUCUAACAAGUGAAGUGCUUGCACAACGAUAACAUUUAUUGAAGAAAAAAAAACAAGAAUUUAUCAAAGUCGAAAAUCAAUUUUUGCUACCCAAUCUAAUAUGAACAUGAGCGCACGCUGAUGAGUAAAUAUCGAUAUUCUAUGAAAUAGAGAGAUGACAACGAACACGAGGACCAAACGAAUGUAACAAUCAGUACUUUUACGGUUUUUAUUUGAUUUCCAUCUCUCUAUCUCUCUCUCUCUGCGAUGUAAACGUCAUGACACAACUCAAAGAAAUAAAAAAAGAAAAACGGCAACAAAAUCAAAUCAAAUAAAAAAGUUUGAACAUUGAUUUUUUACGGGCUAAUUUGGUUAGCUUUUCUAAUAAUCGAAUGAAUCCAUUUGAAAAUUGUUAAAUUGUUGGGUUUUAGUUUUAUUGUAACACAAAACAAGAAAAAAAAGAAGAAAGAAAAAUUAGGGAGGGAAAAAAUUACCACAUCCAAUGAGCGGCAAUAAUGUUUGAGGUUUGCAGUUGAUUUGUAUGCACAUGAGCUGAGUUGGAAUUUAUGUAAUUACUUUGAACGAUACCAUAAAACUCAUAGCCAAACUAUAUACAUACGUCGCGAGCUGAUGUGAGCUAUCGAAUUAUCCGGAGCGCGAAUGAACUAAAAACACGGCUGCAAAAGGAAUCAAACACGAAAAGGGCAACAACAAAAAAAUCGACAACACCAACAACAGCAGAAGCAAGAACAUCAGAAAAAGCACACACAAUAGCAAGUGUAAAGAAUCACGAGUGAAGAGAAAAGGAAAGCAGAACAACAACAGCAAAAAAGAAGCAUAUUUCUACAGAGAAUUGCUGCAACACACAGGCGCGCAUGGAACUAAAAUAAAAACACCCGCUUAACACAUGCACAAAGCGUGUAUAAAGUGCCCCGUUUGCUGUUGUUACCGUGUUUAUGGUAAUAUAUAUGUGAACCAAUUAAUAUAUCUGUGAACCAUAUAUGCAUACGGGUGAUAGGAGUGAGGUAGCCGUCAGCAUAUAGCACACAGCGCUUUUCACCUCACGCAUUCAACUUCAUUAAACAAAUAUAAAAGUACGUUGGAGCAGCAGAAAAAAAACCAGCAGCUCCCCAAGCGAAUGAGCGAGUAAGCGCGAGAAGAGGCAAACGGGAAAUAUUGUUAUUCAUAUUCAAUCAUCGAAUGUUGUUGCGUUCCGUGUGGAUUACGUUUUGGCGCCAUUGUGUGUAAACAAAAAUUAAGUGAUUGAUCGAAUUAAAAGGAUUGAGUGGGAGACGAGCGAGAGAGCGACCGACCGAAUAAUAGAUUGGCUGAUGCAAUGACUGGAGAAAUCCCACCGAGAUAUGGCAUGGAAUCGAGCCAUCGACCAUCACGAUCCAACAUCCAUUUGCUGCAUCCAUCAAAAACGGAUGAAAUUGAAGUGCUCGAGUCUGGCGCCAUCAACCAUCAUAAUCACACCAACAUUGGGAAUGGCAUUGCAGAACAUUCCCGCACCAAAAUAACAGCUGGCUGGAUUUGCUGCAUGCCGUGUGUUUGGCUGCGAACGUCUGCAACGGUUCACAAAAUCGCAUUAACGACUGCGACUUUGUUGGUAACAUCAUUGUUAGUUGCGUCACCGGUGCUCUUUUUAUUGAGCACCGCACCGUCACAACUGCCCAAAGAUUGUAACACAAAGAGCGAUGUUAAUUGCGUAUCGACACGCUCAGUAUCAGCAACACCUGAGUGCAAUGCGGUUGCCUGUCGGCAAGCAACAAUUAGUAUACUCGCCCGUUCAAACUGGAAAAUCGACCCAUGCAAAGAUUUUACCAGUUUCAGCUGUGGCUCGACCAAAGGCAAUGGAAAAACUAUUAAGAGCGUACAGGAAGGAGUCGACACAUUAAUGCAACAACUAUUGCAACACAAUACGUCGACGGGACCGUUUCAAAAAUUGGGUCGAUUAUAUGAGAGUUGUUUGCGACAAUCGAUAAAUUCCUCGUUUGUGCGAUUAAAAAUGCAACAAUUUGGUUUAUAUAUGCCACCGACCGUAACCGGACCAUUAACCAUCGGUGGUUUGAUAUUGAAACUUAGCGAUUUCGGACCGAUACCGCUAGUUUCAAUUUACUAUGAUUUAAGUUAUGGCCGAAAGCCACAGCCAAUGUUAAUAAUUGAUAGUUCGUUGGAAUCGUCGCCUAUGCUACAAAACAAUCCCAUACGAUGGGCUGCUCCCAAGUCGGCACCGUUUGACAUUCGAUACGAUGUACCGCCAUUGCUGGACACUCUAAUUGAUAUGUUUCUGCCGACGAGUUUGGACGCGGACAUACGGGACUUCGAACGCGAUUCAAUAGUUAAUUUCAUUCGGCAAUUAACUCAACUGCGUCGAGAGAGCUUGAGAAAAGGAUUUUCCGAUAGUUAUGUGCUAUACAAUGUGUCUAUGUUGAGCACAACUUAUCCAUUUCUCUACUGGGAGAAUUUAAUCACACCGUCAAAUUGGUCCGGACCGAUACUCAUUCGAAGCGGCAGCUACCUACGCAAUGUUGAACAAUUGAUAGCGAGACAUUCAACACGAGUCGCUCACAAUGCGUUAAUCGUUUUAUUUACACUUGGAAUGCUUCCGGAAAAUGUGCCCAAUGCAACCGUUUGCACAAAAGCAACGAUGUGGGCAAUGCCAGAAAUCACAUCAGCACUAUUCACUGCACAGUACUCGGACCGAACGAUUGACAGCAUCGUUGAAAGGACGGAACACAUUUUCGAAGUGUUAAAAUCGCAUUUGAAACGUGCACCAUCACUGAAAGGAGCCGCACUGGUGAAACUAUCGCAGCUGAAAGUGCAAGCAACCAAUUGGCCGGUGUUACGAAAUCUCAGUCAAAUCAACGAUAUCCUCAAUCGAGUCGAAAUUACAUCAGACAAUUGGAUGCAAAACAUUUUGAACAUCUACAAAUUGUACAAUAUGCAACGAGUCGAUGUCGAGGACACCAUUAACAACGUGUACAAUAAUAUACCUGAUUGUAGAUGGGCUUAUCCAAUCGUUGCGCGAGUCUUUUACGACACGUUAAGCCAUUCGAUUGUCGUUCCACUAUCGGUUAUGCUGACACCAUAUUUUGAUGCAAUGCUACCAUCUUACUUGCAUUAUGCUUCCGUUGGUGUUGCAAUUGGUAAAGAGAUUUUGCGGUCAAUAACACGAGCUUUUGAAGCAAAAGUGAUGCGUUGUGUUCCAUCGUCGGUGAAUGUGUACGCGAAUGGCAGCCGAAUGGAUUUGUUAUUGCAAAGCGGUGGCACACAGAUUGCCUAUCAUUCGUUGCUGUCGUUAUCGGGACCAAUUAAAGGGAUGCUACGACUGCCGAAUAUGAAUCUGUUGCCGACGCAAAUCUUCUUUUUGGUGCGAGCACAGACAAUGUGCGCCGAUGCCAUUUAUGACCGAAUCAACAUCGAAUCGGAGAAUUUCAAAGAUAUUUUAAGCUGGCUGAUUGCGCAAGGUGGUAAUGCUCCAAAUGUAUUCCGGUGUCCAAACAGCAGUCCAUUGAAUUCACAGAAAACAUGUAACGUACUGUAAGAUCAUCAAAUGGCAAUAAGGACACGUGACACUCUACAUAUUAAGCAGCUGACGGCAUUUCAAACGGUUGAUCACUGUUCAAUAACGUCGUCCAAACACGAAAUUUUCGAGAACGACAAAAAAAAACGGCCAAAUUUUAGCUAAUUUUAUGAAGAAAAAAAAACAACAAACACACAAAUACAUCAGAAAAUGAUGAUCGAAUCAUUUUGGAUUGACGAAUGAAUUGUAAUGUAAAUGAUUGAAUAGUAAUUUCUUCGGAAAAUUGAGAACAAACAUUUAAGUCAUCUAAUUGUAUAAGAGAAAUCCAAAAAUUUCAAUUUGUUUAGUCAAUCUCUGCGAUGAUGCGUAGUGUUCUGAAAUAAAUAAUAUGAGCCUUUAGUUCCACCAAGUGAGUGUAAACCACUUGCGAUUUAGCUCAAUAACAAUGCAUUGACAUUCCCAACAAACAUUCAGAACACAACACAAUCACAUUGAAUUUCUUAGACACCCCCGAUUUCUGCGUUUCACCGAUUUCUGCGUUUGAAAAAAAGAAGCACGAAACCAGUAUAAAAAUACAAAAAAAUCGUAAUGUGAUAGAAGUCCUAAAUUAUUAUUGUAAUUCCAAUAAUACAUAGCAAUAUUUUCAAUUUAGAACACGAAGUAGAGAGAAUUAUUUUGGGUCAAGAAUUAAAAGAUGACGUAAAUAACGGUCAAGUUCUUCAGUUUAUCGAAUCAACUGGUUAACCAAUUGGACGGUUUCUUAGAGAAAAUUGAAAAAAAAAAAAUUAUCCCGAAAAUAGGGAAUUAGCUGACAAAAAAUACAACAGAAUUACCAAUUACAAACAGUUAAAUAAGUAUUGUUAACCGUACCCCAAUUCUAUUAGAAUCAAUUAGAGUUUAGACUUUAUCGAUAAUCCAAUCGCGUUCGAAAGUUUGAGAGAAAAAUGGAAUAGAAGUUGAGUGAAUGAACUGAACAGACAACCCUGUUCAGUGGUUCCAUUUAAUAAUAAAUGAAGAUGGUUAUAAAUUUAGAAACAUACACGUAGCCUCUCUUUUAGUGACCUAAUUUGCAAAAUUUAGACCAAUUUUAUUACCUUAAUAUAAGUAGUAGAAUCGUAGAGAGUUCAGAUCAAUCAUCUCUCGGUUACAAUUCAAUUGUUUUUUUUAGCCUUUACCUAAAUAACCCAAAUGGUCUGUAGUCGUAAAAUUCACUUGCAUUUUCCGAAUUUCCCUUCCUCUGGUUUUCUAUCCUUUGCAAAUAUGCCUAUCUCUUCAAACACACAUAAAUGCAUAUAGCAAACUGAACGAUGCAUAUUUUGAUAUCUGGGAAUAAUGAAAAGAGAGACAGAGAGAAAAGCGAUAGAGAUGACGAUGAUGACGACGAAGACAAAAGAAGUGCACUUUAACUUUACUCAAUGAACAAUUUUAAAUGUACACCUGUUGAAACUGAAAACCAAAACAAAAGAAUAUAUGAAACAUUGAAGCAUCCGGUUCCAUCAUCAUCAUCAUCAUCAUCACAUAUAUGAUAUGUGUGCGGCCAGUUUCGAUGCUAUUGUUGAGCCAUUUAAUGUACAAAAUGUGACAAAAGUGAAUGAAAUAUCUGUGUCCUUAUCUUUUUUACUCAUGCCAGCAGCAUUCAGCAAAAGCAGCAGCAGCAACAACAAUAUUUUUGACUUGGACUUUCUUCCAAUUCGCCUACAACAACAACCAAAAAGCUUAAAAAACUAUUCCGAACAAAAAGCAAACAAUUAACUUGAAGAACAAUUUAAUUGUCCAAAAAAAAAAUGCUAAUGAAGAGCCGGUUUUCACUCUUUUGAAUCUCCAGUGUAAGUGUAAGUUAAAACAAAUAAAAAAAAAAUGUCUGAGCCUUGAAGAACCUUGAACCACCUGUAAGCACACGAAUAACUACAAAAUUACCAUAAAUUAUAUUUAUUCACACUUCACUAUUACAGGCAACCAAUCAAAUUCUAACGCUGUAACAAUAUUUCCAUUUAACCAUUAAGCCAGUCAGUCCAUUUUACAUAUGAAACAGAAUUCAAUUCAAUUGACACAAAAAUGAAAAAAAUAAACUAUAAAUAGAAAAACAAAAGAAAAUGAAUGCAUAUAUAUUUAAAAAUCACAAUCGCAUCAUACGGUGGCAGUGUUCUUUGUGGUGUCAACGAUACUGCUUCUUCUAUUUUAAUCGAAUCUGUUUUGAUGUGCAUUCAAUUUGAAAUGCUAACUGAAGUAACAUCUUGUUGGCCAUGCCGAAAUAAGAGAAGAAUCAGUAUUGAUGUCAUCUUUUGCCACCGUUUGAUAUAAAACUAAUGAAAUAUUAUAACUUCAACAGAUGGCCAUAGUUUUCUCAAGCCUAUUUUUAAUAAUAAUGUUUAUUGCAGAAAUUCAAACACAGAUAUAAAACAAAAAGAUAUUUAUUAUGUAAGCCUCUCGUUAUUUCAAAUGAGAUCGCACCUUUUUGUCCGUGGAUCGAAAGAAAGAGAGAGAGAGAAAAAAAAGAGAAGAAAAUACAGGUAUAACAAAAACAAAACCAAUCGCUAAUCGCUAGCGCCAUUUAGACGCAUUGUUUGUUAAGCAGACACAAAAUUCAUAAAGAUAUUUUAGCAUGGGUUUUCUUCCAUUGUUUAGAUUGACGAUGAGCUAAGUAGUUGGAGAGAUUUAACAAAAUAUUUUGUAGAGCCAAGCACACCCUCGUCAGCACACGCCUAGUAGAUAGUUUGCUAGAAAUGUUAGAUCAACAAACUAACAAUUAAACAGUUUUAAUCAUAUUCAUAUUUAAACAUGAAAAUUAUCCUCACUAUAAAUACUUUUGACACACCAGCUACUAGCCGUUUUGUUUUGCAUCCCAGAAAAAAAGAUAAUCUCCCGCUCUACCACCAGCUUCGUUGCGUUGAUCCUACUUUACACAGUUCAAUCCUUAUUUAUUCAAUACAUGUUGUACAUUGCGCCUUUUAACCAAAAGCAAAUGAAAUGAAAAAAAAAAAACAACAAAGAAAUGAAAAUCAAGACAAACAAAAAUCCUUUAUAGUUUCUGUGAUAAAGAAAUGAUGAAAGUAAAAUUAUAUUUUAAUUGAUUAAGUUUAGAAGUUUUCGUAAGAAAUUGACAAAAAAGAAUACAAAUUUUAUUACAAAAACCAAUUUAAAAAUAUAAGGAAAUGUCAUAGAAAUCAUGCAUCGCAUUUCAAAAUACACGCAAAAUAAAUUCUAACUAUCCCUAUAAUACAAA